AUGCCACGCCGCGCAAUUUCGCGCGGCGCUCGGGGUGGGCUGCUGGGCGUCGCUCUGCUCUUGGCUGCAAGCAUGCUGCCCCUGACUUGCGCCCAAACCUUUCCACCUAUUGACGAUGACUCGGGAUCAGGAUUCCUGGUGACAAGCACAAGCAGCCCGAUUGAUGGUUCCGGCGAUUUAUCCGUUACCACGGUCUCUGCUACAUCCACUGUGUCCACUCCGCUCGGCUCCACCAUUGAUGAGGGCUCUGGUAGUGGAUCCAGCCCCGCCCCGUCUACCUCAACUAGCGAAGUUUUGACCACAACGCAAGAGGAGGCCACCACUGAGUUUGAGGAAUUUACGCUCUUGGACCUACUGCAAAUGGACACACAACUUAGUGGCUUCUUGCAAUUGGUCACGCGGGCUGGUGUGGAAUUUUUGUUUAGCGAUUUGCCGCUGACCGUGUUUGUGCCCUCGAAUGUUGCACUGGCCGCCAUCAGCCCUUCUAUUCAAGGUCGCCUAGACACAGCCUCAACCGGCGAACUACAACCCUUUGUCCUACACCACAUGCUAGCCGGGCGUCUGACUUUGAAUGCAUCGACCCCAACACCACAGAGCCUGGUCGCUCUCGACAACAACCCCGUGAUCUUGGACCAAGCCCUCCUCGAAAAUGUUCUCAUUUUUCAAGUAGAUGGACAGCCCUUGGCCCGACUCAAUGUUACUGCUGUCAAUGGUGUCCUGCAUCGUCUCGAUGAAGGUGUGCUCCUACCACCUGGCUUUGUACCCUCCACAUCCACGUCAAUGUCACCCAUUGUGAGCACUACAGGCAGCCCAGCCACUGGCUCCUCGACCCCUGCCAAUGUCAACACCAGUCCUUCCACUUCAACCUCCAGCUCUACCUCCACCUCCAGCUCUACCUCCACCUCCACCUCUACCUCCACCUCUACUUCCACUUCCAUUACAACAGUGUCUAGCACGUCUUCAUCCACAUCUACCACCACGACGCCUGAUGCGUCACUUGGUGUGGUCCUUGUCUAUGUGGCUCGCGACUACUUUUUCAUUGUGAACAACCCCUCUGAAGAGAACGCACUCUGCCAAGCUGUUGUAACAGAGCUGGUUAAUGAGGCUAUUUCCCCAGCUGAUAUCAUCAACUGCACCAUUUUUCGCGCAGCCACCGGCGUCACGGGUGUAACGCUUGUUGUGCGCAACAUUAACAGCCGCGAAGCCAUCGUCCAAGCUGUCAACGAAGACGACUUUGCCGUCACUGUAAAUGGCGUCACUGUGCCUGCAGCCAGCACUUUAGCUGCUCAGGAGAAUGAUGACCGCGAGGCUGAAAUCGGCAACAUUCAAGCCCGUGACACCAACGCUGAACUUCAAGCCGACUUUAUUCGCCGCAUCAACGAGUCAAUUGCCGAGCUGAACAUUGACCCGCUUGAUUUGACAUAUGUGCUUCGAGUGCCGCGCCGUCCCGAAGACGCAAUUUUCGUGACAGUUGAGGGCCCCCAGCCUGCGCCAUCGCAGAUUGAAGAUGCGGUCGAAGAUCGUCGCUUGUUCGUCGAACAAGCCAACGGCGAGGACACUGUGGCUCUUCCGAGCAACUUUUUCAACUUGGACCUGGACAAUGACUCAGAUUUGGCUGUAUGGUUUGGCGUGCUUGUGGUCCUCUUCCUGUUGGCAUGCUGCUGUCUUUGCAUGACCCUGGGCACCAUUUUCGUGGCUGGUGCCUAUCCGUUUGGUUUGCGUGGCAAAAAGCGUCUGGUUGGUGGUACACGUACCCAGACUGUGCAUGGCCGUCGUGCCUCGGCAGACAGUAGCGAGUCAGGCUCAAGCUCGAGCAUGUCUAGUAUCUCCGAAUCUGAAUCAGGUUUCCUGGAGUUUGAUGAGGAGAUUGAUACAAGUGCUGCGCCGCGAUACAACACGCACCUGCGCUCAGAGGCCUACCGAAGUACCUAUGGUCCUCCACCAAGGCUCGCCAGCCGCACGCUCACCAGCACUCAGCUCGGCACGUUUCCUUGGUCGCCAAUGAUGAGCGCUGCGCCUCCUCCCUCAUACGCAGGAGCACGCAUGCCUCGCCAGUCUUCCAUGGCCUUUGGUCCAGCGCCAACCACUGGUCGAUCCUUCCAGGCGAACACCUCCUCGUAUUCGAUGCAAAGCCCACUUUCUGGCAACGUCCCCCUGAUGAGCGGUCCAUCUCAAAGCAUGCAAAGCGUGCAGCAAGUCUAUCGUCCUGCCGUCAUGGGCCCGCAAGGCUCUGUCAUGUUAACUCCCGUGCAACAACAAUCUUCACCCGCCGUCUUCUUCGUGCCAUCCCCCAAUGUGACUGGUCCCUCGUCUGGUGAAUCGCCCCGUCGCACCGUCCGCUACUAUUCGCGGCAUAGCCAGGCAUGA